AUGGCCCCGAACGAGUCCUCGAUCCUCUCCAACUUUCUGCUCCCUCCCGCGCCGCUCCAAACCAUCAUCACCCUGCGCCAAUUCACCGACCUCUUCCCGCGCGCCCACCAGUCCAAUCCCGCCAUACCCAGGCUGUACCGCGAGCUACAGCACCAGCGUGCCAUUGAUACCGAUGACGUGAAGCGCAAUAUUACCGCUGAAUGCAAACGUGGCGAACGGCAGGCGCGCGAGGUUGCACGAGCACGGAGGCGCGAUGAAGCUGCCGACAGCGCUGCCGCCGGCCUCACGCGCCAGGAGGAGAUGGACGUCAAAAUGGAAGAGGACCUACACGGGCGCGCUGGCGCUACUGCGCGUGUGACUGCAGGCAGGCCGAAGAAGAGGACAGCGGAGGCGGUCGCUGAGGAUAUGGAACAAGCUGAGCGGGACAUUGAAGUGGAGAUUGCGGGAAUCGAGGAAGAAACCGAAGCCGUGUUAAACGACCUCAAGAACGUUGUCAGUGAUCUUAGUGAUCUAAGAUACGGUCGUUUCAACAAGCCAGCAGCUGGUGGCGAAGAACUAGGGCCGGAGACAGUAACCACUCUGCGGCAACUACAAAAGGUGUGCCAAGAUAUUGGAAAUGGUUGA